CAAUCAAUUUUGGUGGUUUAUGUCAAGCCUCUUCGACGGUGUGGAGCUGUCAGCCUGCGAACAACCCCAUGAUGCUCAGCGAGUGACGUGUCGAGUGAGUCGGAGUUGAACCGUGGAUUUGGAUGGGCAUUACAUUCUUGCGAGUGAGCUACUGAUCGGGGUAUCUGGAUCCGGUUGACAACAACUGCGGCAACGACACACAGUGCAGUGCACCUAGAACGGUGCCUAGUUCUAGUUCUAGUCGGCGACCGCUUGCCAGAGAUUUGGCGAGCGUGCUGCUGAAAGGAUGCACGCUCUGAGUCUGCUGACGGCGCUCUGCGCGCUGCUGCAGGCGACUCAAGCCUUCUACCUGCCCGGUCUUGCACCUGUCAAUUUUUGCAGAGCAGAAUCGGAGGGGAAAUGCAAGUCCGAUGUCAUCUUGUAUGUGAACCGAUUGAACACAGACGAAUCUGUCAUUCCCUUUGAGUACCACCACUUCGAUUUCUGUCUUUCCAAGGAUGAAUCUGAUUCACCAGUGGAAAAUCUGGGGCAGGUUGUCUUUGGUGAAAGGAUCCGUCCCUCACCAUACAAGAUUAAAUUUCUUGAGCCUGUGAACUGUUCGGCUGUUUGCACAAAAACAUACCGAAAGAGUGACAGAGAUGAGAUGUCUAAGCUUCUCCUUCUGAAACGAGGCAUCAGCUUGAACUAUCAGCACCAUUGGAUUGUUGACAAUAUGCCUGUCACUUGGUGCUACCUCCUCGAAGUGGACCGGCAGUAUUGCAGUGAAGGUUUCCCCAUGGGGUGCUUUGUCAAAGACAAGAAAGGCAUAGAUGGCGUGUGCACCAUUAAUCCCAGCUACAGCAAGGCCAACACUUACUAUCUAUUCAACCAUGUUGAUUUGGUUAUCACUUACCACAGCGGCAAAGAUGAAGACUGGGGAUCCUCUUUCAAGUCUGAUGGUGGUCGCAUUGUCUCGGUGAAAGUGACACCCAGAAGCAUCAGGCAUUCUGACCCCAAAAAUCCAAAUUGCAGAAUUGAUGCUGCGCCUCUAGAAAUUCCUUACAGCGAUCUCACAAGCGAUUUGGAGAUAACUUAUUCAUAUUCCGUCAGGUUUGAGGAAAACAACACUGUCAAAUGGUCUUCACGCUGGGAUUAUAUCCUUGAAACAAUGCCCCACACAAACAUUCAAUGGUUCAGCAUUCUAAAUUCUCUUGUCAUUGUUCUCUUCCUAACUGGUAUGGUGGCAAUGAUUUUACUUCGUACAUUGCAUAAAGACAUUGCAAGGUAUAACCAAAUGGACUGUGGAGAGGAUGUUCAAGAAGACUUUGGCUGGAAGCUGGUCCAUGGUGACGUUUUCCGUCCUCCUCGGAAAGGCAUGCUGCUUGCAGUGUUUCUUGGAUCGGGAACUCAAGUGUUCUGUAUGGUCUUGGUCACUCUUGCGUUUGCUUGUAUGGGUUUCUUAUCUCCUGCAAACCGAGGUGCUUUGAUGACGUGUGCCAUGGUUCUGUUUGUGUGGCUUGGGACACCUGCUGGUUAUGUUUCUGCCCGGGUUUACAAAAGCUUUGGAGGAGAGAAAUGGAAGUCCAACGUCCUCUUGACCUCCAUGUUGUGCCCAGGAAUCGUGUUUGGCCUUUUCUUUGUCAUGAACUUAAUCCUCUGGGCCAAAGGAAGCUCUGCUGCUGUACCAUUCCCGACUCUUGUGGCCCUUCUUGCCCUGUGGUUUGGAGUCUCUGUGCCCCUUACUUUUGUUGGAGCCUACUUUGGAUUCAGAAAAAGGAUGCUUGAACAUCCUGUGAGAACAAACCAAAUUCCUCGUCAAAUUCCUGAUCAGAAUCUGUACACACGCCCAAUUCCUGGCAUCAUCAUGGGUGGUGUUCUUCCCUUUGGCUGUAUUUUUAUUCAGCUGUUUUUCAUUCUAAAUUCUAUUUGGUCCAGUCAAACCUACUACAUGUUUGGUUUCCUCUUCCUUGUAUUCAUUAUUCUGGUUAUUACCUGCUCGGAAACAACAGUUCUCCUUUGCUAUUUCCACUUAUGUGCUGAGGAUUAUCAUUGGUGGUGGCGCAGCUUCCUAACUUCAGGCUUUACUGCAUUUUAUCUCUUUAUUUAUUGCAUCCAUUACUUUGAGACCAAACUCAAUAUUGAGGAUGUUGCCUCAACAUUCUUGUACUAUGGUUACACUCUCAUCAUUGUUUUCCUGUUCUUCUUGCUGACAGGUACAAUUGGAUUCUUUGCCUGCUUCCUCUUUGUGAGAAAAAUCUACAGUGUGGUGAAAGUGGAUUGAAUGAAGCCAACGAAUGUAUGAUAAUUGUUGACAAAAUAGGAACCUUUCCACAAUGUCUGUACUGAUUAAGUGAUGAUUGUUGCUUCAAAUGGUUGUUUACUGGAGUCAUUCAAUUUUGAUUUAAAAUUGUGUUGAUGGAUCUUUGGAUGAUUCCCAUUUGUGAGUAAGAAAAGUAAUGCAAAACGGUCUGAUCAUAGGUUUUUCAUAUUUAUACAUGGCAGCAUGCAAUUGUUCAUCAUAUGCUUCUGCUCAAGCCCUGAGAGCCUCGUGAUAAAUUCACAGGACUUAACAGUUUUGUUUUUGUUUCCUCUACUGCUAUUUUAAUGCAAUAGGCAAGCUUAUUUUAGAUUAAGCACAGAUUUUUUGUUGUUAUUUUAUUUUUUUCACACAUCAAUGUGAUACUGUCCUUCUUAAUAACUCUAUAGGCAUCUCUAUUCAAGGACCACCUUGCGCUUAAAUCCUCUUUCUCACUCUCCCUAUCAUUUUGUGAUGAGUACUAUUUAAUUUUGAUGAUCUUGGCCAUAAAUUAUUUGUACAUUAAAGGGUGUUAAAUGAGAUCAAUCAUUAAUGUGAGGUAAAUUACAUUAGGGAUUGAUACAUUGCAAAAUAAAUAAUUUUGCCCACGAGGAAGUAGGGUGUAGUUAUUUAUCUUACCAAUAAAGUCUGUGAAACUUGUAUUUUCUAUGAGGAGUAAAUCUGUGGUGUAGACAAAGACGUUAUGUUUGAUUUUGUUGACUUUGAUGAAAAGUUAACCAUACUUUUCUGAUAUUUCUAGCUUUAACAGAAUUCUUAUUUACCUUAAGUUUUGGAUUUUGUAGUGAGGUGUAGCACUACUUACCACUUUAUGGUAGUGUGUUAGGAGUUUUAAAAGAACUUUUUUAAAAUUCUGCAGCAAGUUCCUGUUCUCUAUCUGAAUAUUUCUGCCAUAAGUGUGUAGCUUAAUUCUGUUCAAUCCACCAGUUUUUGUUUUGAAAGGGCCUUUUAGACAAAAAGGGAAUGUUUGGCAGGGUCACUAUGACCUUGUUGUUCAAUCAUGAUUGGAUUAAAUGUGAACUAAUUGGUUAAAUAGACUAUUUGACUUUCCUUCUUUUUUUUUUUUUUUUUUUUGUUAUUCAGUUUAAUUUUACUUGUAUAACUACAAACACUUGUUUUAGCCUUGUACUUUACUUUGUGGAAGAUAUGGCAUAGUUAUGGGCCAUUUUUGUGCAUAAAGUAUGUCUCUUUCAAAUUUUAGAACUUAGCCUUAAUAACUGUUGGCUUCCCAGAGAAAAUUAGUCUCACAUAUAGUUUUGUAUGAGCUAUCUGUUUGUUCUUAAUAUGAUAUGCCAAAAUUAAGAUUUGUGUGAUCUUUAAUUAUUUAUUUUGAGGAAGUGUAUUUGCCCAGACUGAAAGUAUGAAGUAUUAAGUCUGGCACUUGAUUGUGCCGGUCUAGGAGUGUCUCAUCAGCAUAAACCUUUUAAUUCUAGCUGGCUUGUUAGUCAAGAAGAAGUCUCCUGUUGUAAAAAGCCACUUCAUGUGCAUUUCUAUACUCCUCUAAAAAAUUGACUGUUUUGUGGUUAACCAAGUGUAAAUAUGCAAUCUUUGCAAAUAUAGUGUUAGCAGAUGUUUUAUGGUCAAUACAGUUUAAGCACAAUGA